UGUGGAAAAUGGCGGGUGAUCCGAAAGCGGAGCGGCUCGCCCGGCAAGUCUACGCCACCUUGCAGGCCGCGUGCUGCCCCGCGGUGGAAGGCUUGUACCUACGAGAAGCUGCCAGCAUGCAGGAGUUGCUCUGCACGCCGUCUCAGAGCCGCAUGGACAUACUGGCUUGGAUCUGCAGCAGCAUCAAUCCCAACAUCAAUUUAAAGAUGACAUCCAAAGAUCAGGAUGUAGUAACUAAAGCAAUUGUUAUGCUUGGGCAGGAGUUGAUGCUGUGCAAAGCAGAUGACUUGGAUCUGAUUGGGGGCCGUGCAGGCCCUCAUCGACAGCUUCAGUUCUUGGAACAGCUCUUAACUGUGGUGCCAUGUAGUGGGCCAUCUGCUGAAGGUGCAAUGGAUGAAGAUAGACUACUGAGUGAACUCUGCUCUGAUGAGAAUCGCCCCCACCUCACACACAUGCUAAGUCCCUCACUGGACCCCUGGCCUACUGACUUUAGGACUUUACCUAAGUGUGAGAAGUCAUUUCACAAGUCAAGUAGGGAAGAGGCUGCUGAUGUUGCAGCCCUUCUGCAGUCUACCCAGACAGCAUUGGAGCAGCUAUAUUCAGAUUGUGAGUUCCUGCGUGAUGAAGCUCAGCGUCCUGCCAUCUUCUCUCCCUGUGCUUUGCGCGUGGCAGUUUGUGACCUCUGCCAGUUGGUGGCUGCCUUCAAACAUGUCUAUGAAGCAGACCUUCGAGGCUACUGCAACAGAGGGGCCCUCAGUCUCAGUGCAGAGGCGCACACUUUCCAGAGGGUACACGAGCUGUUGUUGGCCUGUAAAACGGAGUUGGAAUUGCUGAAUGAGGUGUCGGAAGCAUCUGAAGCCGUGACUUACAGGGCAGGGCAGCUGCAAACACAGCCUCGCUACUGGAGUCAUGGAGAGAAGUAUACGUUACCGUACCAGCUGGAGAAGAUAAGCCGGCGAUACAGAAACUUCCUUUCCUUGCUUCAUUGUGACCUCCCAGCAGCAUUAACCUUGGGCAGUGGUGACGUCCAGACUCAUAACCAGUAAGUCGUCGCAUGGACUCAUCUGCGUGGCCCAGGAUCUGGACUGAGGAAGUGAAUGAUGAACUCUGUUGUCAUAACAACGCACUUCUUGUUUUCUGAAGUCAAUUUUAGCUGCAUCAGUAGAGGCUUAGUUACCAACAGUUACCCAAACAGUUACCAAACAGUAAAGCCAUGUUGGCUGUACUGUUUAGGUGACAGUUUUGAAUGUAUAAAACUUUAGUAAAGGGCAUGGACGUGGUGUGGGGCUACAUACAGGAUGUGCACUCAAUCACUUUUUUUGGUGGGGGGUCAAUGGAUGUAUAUGGAUGUAUGUGCUACCAGUUCAAAAAACAACACAAAUGAACACUACUUACCAGCAUCUCUCCGUGUCCAGUCCAGUCGCGGACUGGUGCUGCUGGAUGAAGUUAUGUGCACCCAGUUUACUUUUUGUCAGAACUGAGGUCACAGAAAGUGAGUCAGUUCAUCUGGAGAGAAACGUUUCAUCACUCAUCUAAUGCCCCAUUUCCACUACAUGGUACCGGCUCAGCUCGAUUCGCAGUGUCGUUUUACAUUACUGUAAUAGUACCCCUUCAGUGUAGCAGGUCAUCUUAGUGACACCUGGUUUUCAAUUUCAAAAUGUACUUUAAGAUAACACCGCUUUGGUAUUUAAAAAUGCAGGAUGAUAUCCCAUGUGCGCAUUGAUGACGCAGUGACGCAUUUCUCUGACCAAUCAGAUGUCUGCAUUGAUUUUGGUACCCGCUCCAGUUUUUUUUGGAACCUUGACAAAGGUGGUACCUGAAAAGUGGUAAGUUACCAAAAUGCCGGUACUUUCCAGUAAUGGCAAACGAAAAAAGGGCGAGUCGAGUUGAGCCUGUACCAUGUAGUGGAAAAGGAGCAUAAGCAACAUCUUCAGUCUCGACUGACUGCAGGUGCCCCCACCCUUAUAAACAAUACAGUGACUGCAGGUAUCCCCACCCUUAUAAACAAUACAGUGACUGCAGGUGUCCCCACCCUUAUAAACAAUAGUGUCUGCAGGUACCCCACCCUUAUAAACAAUACAGCGGCAUAACGACCCAAACCAAUGACCAGUUUCAUAUGCAAAUUAGCGUGACCAUUAACUAGUUACAAUGGCCAUGUGUAAUAUCUAUCUAUAUCUAUAUAUAUAUAUAGUACUAUUGUGCAGAUGGUGAUUUUAUACUUAUCUGUUGUGUUAACUUUGUCUACCCUGCUUGAUUUGGUUGUAUGCUCUGAUAGUGUUGCUUGUUUUUUGUGUUCUGUAAGGUGUCCUUGAGUGCUCUGAAAGGCGCCCACAAAUAAAAUGUAUUUUUAUUAUUUUUCAGAGGAUUGGGGAAUAGUUGCAACCCCCCACCCCACACACACAUAUACACACAUUCAUACCUAGGGACAGUUUAGUACGGCCAAGUCAUCUGACCUGCAUGUGUUUGGACUGGGGGAAGAAACCGGAGCACCCGGAGGAAACCCACACAGACACGGGGAGAACAUGCAAACUCCACACAGAGGACGAACCCCAAGGUUGGACUACCCUGGGGCUCGAACCCAGGAUCUUCUUGCUGUGAGGCGACCGCGCUAACCACUGCUCCACCAUAUCAAACACCAUUUUCCGUGUCUAAAUCCUUUCUCUGCUUGCUUUGCCAUUUUAUCACUUGAUAGCUCCCCGUUCUAAGGUGCAUAUAAACUUAAAAGUCCUGAUUCAAAGGCACUGUUGGCUAUGCUACAAUUACUGUACAUGGUUCUGUUUUGCCAGUGGCCUACAUUUGUUUUGCUGUAUUUACUGACUCCUAAGUCGCUUUGGAUAAGAGCAUCUGCCAAAUGACAACGUAAAUAUGUAUGUCUUUGAAACAUUCCUUCA